GAAGCGGGUGGAAUUGAUGGGAGCCAGUGGGGAUAAGAGUGGCCUAAAAGCUGAGCCGGAGCCUGGCGUUCUCUUCUCUUUUUAACAUACAGUGAGAGGGCAGAGAGAGAGAGAGAGAGAGAGAGGAGAGGAGAGGAGAGGAGAGGACAGGGACGGGUCCGGGCGCAAUGAUUACAUGUGUCUCGUUCCGGUUCCUCGAUCUCUCCGGGCCGUCGUGUACGCUGCUUGGGUUCGUCUCACCUCACGGCCCCCGACUCCACGUCACGUGACCGUGGUUCUUGUUGCUACUGAGAGGGACAAAACAGCCAAUGGAAGGUGGGAGAUGGUGCGAUGGGGGUUAGCUUUUACCACCAGCGGCAGCAGAGAUGACAACAAGAGGGGGAGAAGGGGAAGGGGAAAAGAAGGAGGGCAUCCAGAGGACUGGGCAAUAGGGGGAGAGGCAGAAAGAGUGAGACAGAAGAAAGAAGGAAGGGCAGAAAAGAGAGGGAAGGAGAGUGAUUCAGAAGGUACUACUCCCCACCAGAAGGAAUUUUCAGUCCCCACAGCCACACUCCCACCUCUCUCCAUCUCUCUCUCUCUCUCUCUACUUCUCCAACCUUCAACCACCCCCUAUAUAUGUAUGUAAGCAAAACAAAGUGAGGAGGAGUAGAUACAGUUCAUGGAUGACAGAUAUUAUAGAGGAUAUAUAGCAGGUAAUUAUAGAGGGAGAGAUUGAGUCAGAGGUAGGUGUGAGGAGAGAGAGAGAGAGAGAGAGAGAGAGAGAGGGAGAGGAAGAGGGAGAGACGAGGGAAGGGGGAAGGGAAAGGAGUAUAUAAGCUGGGGGAGGAGGGAUAGGUUUGGUUUCUUCUUCUUCUUCUUGAUAUAAGAGCAGCCGGGGUGGCUUCUGGAAGGCGAUUCCCUUCCGACACUGGCGCGUUCGCGGACUGGGUGGCCCCCUCGGCCGCCACAGCCAGAGGCGACGACCUCUGCCUCGGCUUUAAUGGCGGCGGCGGAGGAGGAGGGGGAGGGGGAGGCGGAGGCGGUGGGGGAGUAGUGUGGGCUGGCCCUGGCUCGUCGGCCGCGGCUGGGGGCGGUGGUGGGAGGCAAGACAUUAAUUACGGGAUACCUACCGAUAUGGGCAUGGUGGUGCUGGCCUCCGCCGCGUCCUUCCACCAGCAGCACCACCACGAGUCGCUGCUCGCCUCUGCCGCGGCGGAGCAGCACCCCAUCAUCCCCCUCCUCGCCGCUGCGCCGUGCCUUGUCGAGGAUGACAACCCCGCUGCGCGGGCCAAGCCAGGCGGUAUCCACCUCUGGCAGCCGGUCCUGCCCCAGCCGCCUCACCACCUCCCGCCCGCCCAUGGAAGCAACCCUAACCCUAAUGUCACUCUCUCCAAUUACCUCAGAAAGCCCGUGCCUAUGCUCGAUCCCACCGGAAUUAUCGCGGGUGCCGGCGCCGUCGCCGCGGGGGGAGGGACGUCUACGUGCCAGGACUGCGGCAACCAGGCCAAGAAGGAUUGCAGCCACCGGAGGUGCCGGACGUGCUGCAAGAGCCGCGGGUUCGAGUGCUCGACCCACGUCAAGAGCACCUGGGUCCCCGCCGCCCGCCGCCGCGAGCGCCAGGUCUCCGCCGCCGCCGCGGGCUCCUCCGCCUCCACCUCGGCGCCCAAGAAGCCGCGCCUCGUGGCCUCGCAGACCGGGACCGCCUCCCACACCUCCACCUCCAACACCACCCCUCCUCGUAGCUUCGACACGACCUCCAGCCACCAAGACGCGAACGUCAAAGAGAGCCUCCCGGCGCACGUACGAGCCCCGGCGGUGUUCAAGUGCGUGCGAGUCACAUCCAUCGACGACGGCGAAGACGAGUACGCCUACCACGCCAUGGUCAAGAUCGGCGGGCGCGUCUUCAAGGGCUUCCUCUACGACCAAGGCCUCGACGACGGCGGCAGCCACGCCGACGACGCCAAGGACGCCAUUCCCAACAUCUCGGAGCUGCACCUCGGGAACAGAAACGGUGGCGCUUCUUCGUCGUCGCCGAUGCUUCCCUCCGACGUCUUCGGAGGCAGCGGUGGAUUGAUGGGAGGCACCAACUACGGUAACCAAAUGAACUGAACUCCUCCUCAGCAUUCUCACACACGCACCCAUUCCUCUCACUGAGCUCAACAAUCCCAUCUUUUUUAACGUCGUCGUCUUGUGUUAUGUGAGACCAUGGAUGCCCGGAGGUGGCCGUGAGGGGUUGGUUGGUUCUACAUGUUGUAACCAUAUGUGUCUUCUCUAUCGACUCGCCUUCUUCUUCUUUCUACUUGAGAGACUAUUAUUUCUCGUUCUAAUAAUUCUAUUUGUUGCAUCCUCACUCUCUCUCUCUCUCUCUCUCUCUCUCUCUCUCUCUCUUCCGGUCUUCCGGUCUUCUUCCAUGUGCAACACAGUGUUGCACUGCUAUGAGGUGAUUGGGGCUUUCUAUUCUUUGACUUCUCUCCCAAAUAUGCUUUCUAUUUCGAGGAAGAAAAGUGGUGCAACGCAGUUGCAUUAGGGUGGGAGCCUGCGCCCUCUUCUCGACUGUUUCAUUCAUGUGAUAUGGUGGGAGGAUGUGUUCUUUAUAAAUGGCUUCAUGCCUUUCAAUUUUGCUGGGUGUGUUGAGAGUGGGUGUGGGUGCUGUAGGGCACUGCAUUGGAACUUGCAUCCGAACGACGCUUUCUCCAUCAGAGCAAUGGGUAGAACGGUUCGUCGACUGGCCGUAAGUGAAACAUGGCCUGCUUUUACUGCUUGCUUUCUUUUCCGAGGGGUGUUGAUAUGGCAUCAGGUUUACUGUUCUUCCUGUUCUUUUUGCCAUCCCAUCAACUCUUGCCUGUGAACCUCAUCAUAGCUGCACAAUGUAUUGCUGUGCUUGCAUUAUUUAAUUGUAUUUGUAGCUUAA